CGGCGCGGCCCAACUCCACUACGUCCGCUCCGCUCCGAUCCGCUCCCUGCGAUCCAGUCCGGUCCGACCCGGUCCGGACCAACCAGGCCCAGCCCCGCUCCGCUCCGCGAUCCGCCAGAUCCAGUCCGGGCUCUGCCGCACACCACCAGGCCCCAUGGAGUCGGACCCCCCUCCCGCGAGCCCGGCCCACCCCCAGCCGGGACGCUCCCGGCUCAACGCCUCCUCUUCUGCGGCGGGGAACGAAGAACCCCAGAGUCCGGGCCCGACGCCGGGAGACCGCACCGCCGCUCCUCCCCCGGGAAGGGCCGAGCCGGACAAAAACGAGACGGUGAAGGAUGUCACCGAACUAUCCCUCGAAGAGCUUCUGGAAAAGGCCAAGGCUGGAGAUCCAAAGGCACAGACUGAGGCGGGAAAAUACUAUCUGAAGCUGGCCGAAGAUGUGGACGAAGAGCUGAACAACUCCAACGCCAUCGACUGGCUGAUCCUCGCCGCCAAGCAAGGCCGGAGGGAGGCUGUGAAGCUACUGAGGAGAUGCUUGGCCGACAGGAGAGGCAUAACUACGGAAAAUGAGCAAGAAGUGAAAAAAUUAUCCUCUGAGACCGAUUUGGAGAGGGCAGUGAGAAAAGCUGCAUUAGUCAUGUAUUGGAAACUCAAUCCCAAGAAAAAGAAGCAGGUAGCUGUCUCUGAAUUGUUGGAAAAUGUUGGCCAAGUGAAUGAACAAGAUGGGGAAAAGCAGCCCGGGCCAAUUCCAAAGUCUAUUCAGAAACAGCGGAGAAUGCUGGAGCGAUUAGUGAGCAGCGAAUCUAAGAGCUACUUCGCCUUGGAUGACUUUGUGGAGAUCACGAAGAAGUACGCCAAAGGCAUCAUCCCCAGCCAGUUGUUACUACAGGAUGAAGACGACGACGACGAGUUGGCCGGGAAGGGUCCAGAAGACCUGCCUCUCCGCCUCAAAGUGGUGAAAUUCCCCCUCCACGCCAUCAUGGAGAUCAAAGAGUACCUGAUCGAGAUGGCGUCGAAGGCCGGCAUGCACUGGCUGUCCACCAUCGUCCCGACCCACCACAUCAACGCGCUCCUCUUCUUCUUCGUCAUCAGCAACCUGACGGUGGAGUUCUUCGCCUUCUUCAUCCCCCUGGUCAUCUUCUACCUGUCCUUCCUGUCCAUGGUGAUCUGCACCCUGAAGGUCUUCCAAGACAGCAAGGCCUGGGAGAACUUCCGCACCCUGACGGACCUGCUGCUCCGCUUCGAGCCCAACCUGGACGUGGAGCAGGCCGAGGUGAACUUCGGCUGGAACCACCUGGAGCCCUACGUCCACUUCCUGCUCUCGGUGGCCUUCGUCAUCUUCUCCUUCCCCAUGGCCAGCAAAGAGUGCCUCCCCUGCUCCGAGCUGGCCGUGGUGUCUCUCUUCUUCACGGUGACGAGCUACCUGAGCCUGAGCGCCUGCGCCGAGCCCUUCACCCGCCGGGCCCUGCUGACCGAGGUGGCGGCCGGGGCCCUGUCGCUUCUGCCUCACGUGCCGCUGGCCCUGGGCCCCCUGGCCCUCCUGGGCCAGACGUUCUGGACCGUCCCCGUGGGCUCGCUGGUUGUCCUGAACGUGAGCAUCCCCUGCCUCCUGUUCGUCUACCUGUUCUACCUCCUCUUCAGGAUGGCCCGGCUGAGGAACUUCCAAGGGACCUACUGCUACCUGGUCCCCUAUCUGGUGUGCUUCAUGUGGUGUGAGCUGUCGGUGGUCAUCCUGCGCGAAGCCACCGGGCUGGGCCUCGUCCGCGCCAGCCUCGGCUACUUCCUCUUCCUUUUCGCCCUCCCGGUCCUGGCGGUGGGCCUGGCGCUGAUGGGCGCCGUCCAGCUGGCCAAGUGGUUCUUCUCGCUGGAGCUGGCCAAGAUGGCGGCCACGGCGGCCCUGUGCGCGGUCCCGCUGCUGGCCCGCCGCUGGACGAGGGCCAGCCUCUCCCCGGCGGGCGUCGUCCGCUCCCUGACCCGGAGCUCCGUGGUGAAGCUCAUCCUGGUCUGGCUCACGGCCGUCGUGGCCUUCUGCUGGUUCUACGUCUACCGCUCGGAGGGGAUGAAGGUGUACAACUCGACGCUCAGCUGGCCGCAGUACGGCUUCCUGUGCGGGCCCCGGGCCUGGAAGGAGACCAACAUGGCCCGCACUCAGAUCCUCUGUAGCCACCUGGAGGGCCACCGGGUCACGUGGACGGGCCGCUUCAAGUACGUCCGGGUCACGGACAUCGACAACAGCGCCGAGGCGGCCGUCAACGUGCUGCCCUUCUUCCUCGGCGACUGGCUGCGCUGUCUCUACGGGGAGCCCUACCCGGGCUGCGACCCGGCCCGCGACCCGGCCCGCUCCCCGGCCCCUCGCGAGGACGACCUGUGCCGCCUCAAGGCCCUCGCCAAGCACCGCUGCCACAUGAAGCGGUUCGACCGCUACAAGUUCGAGAUCACGGUGGGCAUGCCCUACGGGGCCGCCGGCAAGACCCCGGAGGAGGACGACAUCACCAAGGACGUGGUGCUCAGGGCCAGCCACGAGUUCAAGGAUGUGCUCCUGCACCUGAGGCAGGGGAGCGUGAUUGAGUUCAGCACCAUCCUGGAGGGCCGGCUGGGCAGCAAGUGGCCAGUCUUCGAACUCAAGGCCAUCAGCUGCCUCAACUGCAUGGCCAAGCUCAUCCCCUCCAGGCGCCACGUGAAGAUCGAACACGACUGGAGGAGCAACGUCCACGCCGCCCUCAAGUUCGCCUUCGAUUUCUUCUUCUUCCCCUUCCUGUCCGUGGCCUGAGCCCCCUCCUCCGGCCCGGUGGGGGUAUCCCGGUCGCCCCGUCGAUACCGAUACCCCCGGGCCCACCCCCUGACCGCCCCACCGCCCAGUUAGCAAAAUGUUUGUGAAGCCCGGGGUGUCGGCGACGCUUGACUGCGAUACACGGGACCCGACGCCUUUCCGCCAGAAGGAUCGUUGCAUGCUCCCCGUCUUUCCAUCCGGAACCCUGUGACCACUGUGGAACGGGCCCGAUGCUAGAGUUGGAUCCCUUAAGAGCGCUUGCCCCCCCCCAAAAAGGUCCAUUCCUGGUGUUGGAUCGGAGCCGGCCCCGUCUCGUGGCUGUCGGUUGAACUUUGACCCCUCCUGCCUCCACUUUGGGCCUCCGCCCGGAGCGGACACCGAGCGCGGGCGCCAGGCGGAGUCCCAAAAGCAUCCGAAGGGAUCUCAGGCUUAAGACGCAGACGCAGUUCCAGUGGGAAGUCACCCAGAGCGGGAUGCGGAAGAGGGAGAUUUCUGCCCGGCCGAUAUCGACCCCGCGUGGCAUAGGAAUCCGGAGUAAAUCGGGCCGAGUCCACGGAGAGCGACCGGGGUGAGAUCACGGACGAUUCGUGACGUGCAACGGAACGGACCGCAACAGAAAAUGUAUUACUGCAUCGAGUAGUUCCAAUGAAACCCCCGUGGUUAUCUCUGUAUUAUUUAUUCCGUUGUAAUUGUUCACUUGAAUACAAGUGUGAUGCCUAG